AUGUGGUAUGAGAAAAUCUCAAUACCUGAAGGGACCUGUUCUCCUUGUGGAAGCAUUAUAUACUGCACCCACUUAAGGACGCUGCAGCUGGUCGUCAUGGCAACACUGUGGGUGACACCAGUGAGGGCGGGGACACACUGCAGGUAUGGCUGCCGACUAAACAACAUGACCAUCACCGUGGAGAGAGAGGACUGUCACGGAAGCAUCACCAUCACCACAUGCGCCGGCCUGUGCGAAACAACGGAUCUGAACUAUCAGAGCACAUGGCUGCCUCGCUCCCAGGGGGCGUGUAACUUCAAGGAGUGGUCCUACGAGGAGGUCUACCUGGAAGGCUGUCCACCCGGGGCCAACCCCUUCUUCAUACCUGUUGCCAAGAGCUGUGAUUGCAUCAAAUGCAAGACGGACAACACCGACUGUGAUCGCAUAAGCAUGGCAACACCCAGCUGCGUAGUAAAUCCACUAGAAAUGUAAUAUUGUAGAGUUGAACUGUGGCUGCUGCAACAGCCUAUGUUAAGCAAUGGUUUGAGUAUUUUAUGGUACUUUCCAUUGUUGAUGUGCUAUCAAUCAGUACUUUCUGGUAUUCACUUAAAAUAAUGAAACACAUUUGAUAACUACAUGGUACCUAGUGGUGCUUGUAUUAACAAGGAAUCUCAAAGAAACACAUGCUAUUGUGUAAGUACAAUGUCACAGUGUAAUUUAUGAGUACAUAACUGCUCAUUUCUGCACCAAAAAAUAAAGCUCUACCACAGCAACAUUGCCGCUCUAACAGUCUUCAUUAC